UACUAGCAGCAGCAGCCAUUGUGACAAAUACUUUGUUGGUUAGAAUUUUAUUCAAUCACAUAUUUCUCUAAAGUUUUAAGAACUAUGUCUAAAGGUUACGUUGAUGAUUACGAACAGAAUUAUGAGUACAACUACGAUGACUAUGGAGCACACACAGGUGAUCCCACCUUGGACGAAUACAACAGACAACAUGUAAAGAUGCCCGAGGGAGUGAAAAAUUUCUUGAUUUAUUUUAGAAAUAAUGUAAACGAGGGUUUAAUUUUCGAAUUGCAAGCGUUAUACGAGCACUCUUGGCCUAAAUUGACCGAAGAUUAUUUUGAGAAAAGACCAUGGCCUGAAGAAAGUGAAGUAGCUGCCCUUGUGGACAGUGAUCCUGUGUUUAUGAUUCUUUACAAAGAACUUUACUUCCGCCAUAUUUACGCAAGGAUUCAAGGAGGCCCUACGCUAGAGCAACGUUUCAAUUCCUUCUAUAAUUACUGCGACCUUUUCAAUUACAUCCUUAGCGCGGAAGAACCCGUACCCCUUGAAUUACCCGAUUUAUGGUUGUGGGAGCUUAUCGAUGAGUUUGUAUACCAAUUCCAGUCUUUCGCCCAAUACAGGGCCCGUCUCCAAAAAAAGACACCUCAAGAAUUGGAAACGCUGAAUUCUAACAAUAAAGUAUGGAACGUUCUUUGUGUUUUGAACGUGCUGCAUUCUCUCGUCGAUAAGAGCAACAUCAAGCAGCAGUUGGAAGUUUAUGCUAGUGGUGGCGACCCUGAAUCGGUGUCUGGGGAAUUUGGGAGCCACUCGCUCUACAAGAUGCUGGGAUAUUUCUCCCUCGUGGGGUUGCUCCGGCUCCAUUCCCUACUGGGCGAUUACUACCAAGCGAUCAAGGUUUUGGAGAAUAUCGAGGUGCACAAAAAGUCCCAGUACGCUCACAUUCCCGCAUGUCAAAUUUCUACUUCCUAUUACGUAGGGUUUGCUUACAUGAUGAUGAGACGCUACUCGGAUGCGAUCCGUACUUUUUCGUCGAUUCUAUUGUACAUUCAACGCACCAAACAACUUUUUGCUUCGAAGACUUACCAACACGAUCAAAUUAAUAAGCAGACCGACCAGAUGUACCACUUGCUCGCGAUUUGCCUGGUUCUGCACCCACAGUGCAUCGACGAGUCCAUUCAGCAGACCUUAAGAGAGAAGAGUUAUCACGAAAAGAUGUACAAAAUGCAGUACGGAGACCUGCAAGAGUUCGAAAACAGUUUUGUGUACGCUUGCCCCAAGUUUUUGUCCCCGUAUCCCCCUCCGAUCGAUUCCGUGCCCGACGAUUACUCUAAAGAAGCGAUUCAACAUCAGACUGCCGUUUUUAUGGACGAGGUGGCGCAGCAGAAGAUGUUACCCACGAUCAGGAGCUAUCUGAAGUUGUACACGACCCUGCCGUUGAGCAAGCUGGCCACUUUUAUGGCGCAGAACAACAGAGUGAACGACGGGAAGUGGGACUUGGACAAGGAGAUGCAGAGUCUCAUUAUACAUUUGCUGUGUUUCAAGCAUAAGAUGAAGAACGUCGUUUGGUUCAAAGGGGCUUCCGGCUUGGAGGGAAAGUUCCAAAGUGGAUCUGAAUUGGACUUUUAUAUCGAUAACGACAUGAUUCACAUUGCCGAUACCAAAGUGGCCCAUCGGUAUGGAGAUUUCUUUAUUAGGAAAAUACUGAAGUUCGAAGAUUUAAAUAGGAAGCUUCAUCAGUUGAAGCUAUAAUCCUCGGAAUGUAUUUAAAGUGAAGAUACAUGUAAUAAAAAAUACAAUUAUUUGUAACUA